AUGGAGAGAAUGUUUGAUGGUUUUGGUGAUGAUCGAUAUGGUGGUCGAAGAGGCGGGGGAAGGUUUCGUGACGAUAACGACUGUCGUUGGGGUCGCUGCAGAGGAGGAGGACGAUAUGGUCGUGGUGGAAGCCAAGGAGGAGGAUUAGGAGGUGGACGAGGGGGUGGUUUAGGAGGAGGUGGAGGUGCAGGUGGUGGUGGUGGAGGUGGUAUAGGUGGAGGAUCUGGGAGUGGGGGAGGAAUUGGAGCUGGUGGUGGGUUAAGAGGGGGUGGUAUUGGAGGAGGAGACGGUGGUGGGUCAGGUGGAGGAGGUGGUAUUGGUGGUGGAUCUGGACAGGGUGGAGGUUUUGGAGGUGGAGUUGGAGGAGGAGGUUUAGGAGGAAUUUCAGGUGGUGGAGGCGGUAUUGGUGGAGGGUCAGGCCACGGUAGUGGGUUUGGAGGUGGAGUUGGUGUAGGAGGAGGAGGUGCUGCAGGAGGAGGUAUUGGAGGAGGUGGUGGUGGUGGGUCAGGUGAUGGAGGUGGUAUUGGAGGAGGAUCAGGACACGGUAGUGGGUUUGGUGGUGGUGUGGGAGUAGGAGGAGGAGGCGCUGCUGGUGGUGGUGGAGGAGGAGGAGGCGGUGGAGGCGGAGGUGGUCUUGGUGGAGGAUCAGGGCAUGGUAGUGGGUUUGGUGGUGGUGUGGGAGUAGGAGGAGGAGGCGCUGCUGGUGGUGGGGGCGGAGGUGGUGCUGGAGGAGGAUCAGGUUCUGGAAGCGGUUUUGGUUCUGGUGGCGGCUUGGGAAGUGGUGCUGGUGGUGGCGGAGGAAUAGGCGGAGGAAGAGGUGGAGGUCUUGGCGGUGGACAUGGAAUUGGUGGGGGAGUUGGAAUUGGUAUUGGUAUUGGAGUUGGAGUUGGUGUUGGAGGUGGAUCCGGCACUGGUUCUGGAACAGGUGUAGGAGUCGGAAAUGGUGGUGGUGGUGGCAAGCAUUAA